AUGAUGUCUGUGGGUUCGGUACCUGUGGAUAAUGGUGCCAAUUUUGCUCCCAUACCUAAGAAAUCCAGAACUAUAAAGACUGACAAACCAAGACCACACCUUUGCCCUAUAUGUACUCGUGGAUUUGUGCGGCUAGAACACUUGAAGCGACACCAGAGGGCACACACCAACGAGAAGCCGUUCUUAUGUGUUUUCUGUGGUAGAUGUUUCGCUAGAAGAGAUCUAGUGUUGCGACACCAAUAUAAACUGCAUCCAACACUGGUAUCAAAGAAUAACGAAGGGUCUCUGGACAAUAGCCGCAAUAAUUCUGUUUCACCAGGAAGCGACAAUAGUUCCGAUGCCUUGAAAGCAGAAGCAGCCAUCAACGAUAACAUUAUAAAAGUCAGCGGGAACAGGGCCACCAUCUUACCCACGCCAAGUAACCCCCUCGCAAAGACUACAGCUGAGCUACGGAAAGCAGCCAAAGUUGCCGAAAGUACUGGCUCCUCAAAAGAAUCUACACCUUCAACAAAAUAUGCCAAGAAAGUUAAUAAGAAGAGAAAGACAAAGAAUAAGGAAGCUGGUAGCAACGGAAAUAGCUCAUCCACUUCACCACUUGUUUCACCAUCUAUAUUCCCACAACCAUUGAAUCUAAACCAAAAGAAAGACAACAAUUUGAGUGUACCCGCAUCUAGGAAUAAGAGACAUGCUUCUUUUUCCGCCUCUAGUGCUUUCACUUACUUCCCAGAUAAUGUCUCACUAAAUGGCAAUGACCAGGAACACCAGAGAGAAAACAUCGAAGAUCUGGGCGAAGGCAUUCCGCAUCUCGUUGGUUUCUCAACCCCACAACUUAGUGCACAGGAAUUAAUAAGAAAAGUAAUGCAAACUGGUACUAUGGACUUUGAACCUUUAGACUUACCCCCAUCCUUAUUUGGUGACGAGAAUGGUCAGCAAAUGCUUGGUAUGCAAAAUGGGGAUUCUGACUUUGGUGUGAGUCUGUUUAAUAGCAAUGGUGUUACUAAAUCCAACAAUGAACGUGUAGGUUUCAUUAAUGGUAAGAAGAAAGCCAACACAGUCGAUAACACUUCCACAACUAACUAUAUUGGCGAUCUUCCAAGCUCCAGCAUGAAUAACUCUAACAUGAAACAUGCUAACAGCUCUGCAUCACUAGCUGCUGCCUUGAGCUCAAUGUUUGCAAUUCCAAAUCAAUCCUCAACAAAUUUGGCAAACAGCGGUCCCUCCCACCAAAUAUUGACCGAUUUGGUAACCAUGGGUUCAUCAUUUGGUGGUUCCAAUGGGUUUAACAAGAAUCUACACAAUAAUACCUCGGAACUUGACCUUUUCAAUUAUAAAAAUUGGAAGAAUAACUCAUAUCACGAUAUAUUUGAGGCCCCAUCUGCUUCAAAGCAAAAGAAACGGGCCACAUUUACAACCAACGAUGUAACAGAAAUAGAUGACCAAAUUGACGGACAAAAUUUCAAAUCCCCACAGAGUAUACCUGAUUCAAACCAAAGAGGAAAUACGAAUACAACUUCACCUGAUGAAGACUGGACUACGAAAUUUAUUAAAGACUCCGACCUUGAGAAAUAUUUUGAUAUGGAUGCUGACCACUUCAAUGAUAUUGGUUUCUUCCAUUCUAACAUAAAUGAUGCAAACCAAAACUCAAUAAAGAGCAAUCUACCUAGUGGUAUAGCUAGCAGCCAAAAUAGCUCCAACGAGACCUCUGCUAUCAAUUCUUCCUCCAAUCUACCAAGGUUAGGAAACAGUGUAGCAUCACCGAUCAACUCAUUAUCCAAUAAAUCUGCAGUUAAUACACCUCCUGUAAAUAUUGAACAACCAAGUGUCAACAAAGCCAAAAAUGUUGAAUUCAAGGAAUUUAGAGAAUUGUUUAACUCACAUAUUGAUAACUAUGGCUUGCCUAACCACAUGAGUAAACGUACAUUUGAAGAAGAAGAUAUUGGGGCAGCAUUAGAGAGGUCUGUUUCAUCAUUAUUCACUUCAAGACAAGUGGAACUAUUUAGAAAGAAUGUUAACGCUGCCAAUCUUUCUCUCUUUUCUAAUCCUUCUUCUGCAUCUUCUUCACUGAAUGGUUCACCAAGAAACUCAUCUGAGCCUUUACAGAAAAAACAAAAACAUAUUCCACCACCGUUGGCAUUUUUUACCGAAAAGUUUAGAGAGCAGAUUGUUACAAUGAAUAACUUAACUCAGACAAUGUUUCCUUCUGUGAACGUUCUUAACCACUAUGUUAAUUUGUAUCAGAAAGAAUUCCACCCAUAUUUUUCUUUUAUUCAUCUACCUUCUUUUGUUCCGUCAACCGAGAAUUAUCCAUUUCUAUUAAGUGUCGCAAUGAUUGGUGCUCUUUAUGCUUUUCAUUCUAACCAUGCUAUGAUAUUGUGCAAGGUGGCAAGGCACAAUAUUAGAGUCUACUUAGAGCAAACUGUUAAGAAUCAAAAGGUGACUCCAUUAUGGUUGAUUCAGUCUUUAGUUUUAUUGACUUUUGUUGGUAUCUUUAGCGAUGAUCUAAAUGUUGCAAGAAGUAUGAACACACAAUUGAUGACAUUAAUUAGAUUGAUCAAGAAAACUAACUUAAACAUGCCUCUGGAAAACUAUUGUAAACCACCAAUUGCUAGCAACCAUGCACUAGAUUAUCAGAAUAAUCCUGCUACUUUUGCCAAAUACAAAGCACAAUACACUACCCCUGAACAGUUAGAAAAAGAUUUUCAAUAUUUUAUUCUUGCUCAAACUAGAAUUAGGACCUGCCAUGUUGUUUUAAUAAUUUCCAACUUAUUCACAUCAUUAGUGGGCCUAGAAUGUUGCUUUCAUUCAAUCGAUUUAAACUGUGGUGUACCAUGUUAUCAUGAAAGUUUAUUCUCUUGCCCGUCAUCCAAUGAAUGGGCGGGAAAACUAGAAAAAUACAACAUUGUGCUAGAUUCUAAGUUCUCUCUUAUUGAACUAUCAAACGGUGAGGCCAAAUAUGCCAAUUGUAUGAUGUAUUUAUCCAAUGGCAGUCAAUACGUAUAUGAUAACACGAAGGUAUCUAAGAAAACGCUACUAUCUCUGCUAAUAACUAUACAUGAGAAAAUAUUUAUAGAGAGGAACAAUAUUAGACAUGAAAAUGGUGAUAACAUACCUCUAAAUGACGCUAAAUGGAGAAUGUCAUCAAGACCUAUGAUAUCAGUCAUGGUUAAGCAUUGGGAAUCCAUGUACAUUAAGAACGGUGGAUUGCUAGUUCCAACUGAUGAAAACAUCAAAAUAAUCAAUAGGGAUCCUGCCAUGAGAUUAAUAGUACCAUUACAUUCUUUUGCUUUAAUUAGAAAGUGCCUGGAUUUGACGCCAGUAAUGAAGCAAAUUUAUAUGCACAACUGGGUUGGAAUGAAUGAAACCAUGCAAUUAAUAUGCUGUGACUGGGAGUCAUUAAGAGAGAGUACAACUUAUGCUUUGAAUAUCAUCGAUUUUUGGGUUAUCACAAUGGAUGGUUUAAGAAAUCAAUCUAUUGGUGGGACCCCGAUUUUCACAAUAACCUGCAUUUUCUCUGCUGUAUUAAUUGUUGCCGAGUACAUGAAACAUUUAGAGGAUUGGUCAAAUGAUGUUUCCUCCGAUAUAAACUCCCAACCUAACCUAAAAGUCUCUGAUAGAAUACUAUGGUUCAAGAUCUUCAAAGUCCUGAAGAAGGUAGAAGGUCAUUUGUCUAGCAGAGACGUUGGAUCAGAAACUUAUUCACAGUUUUUGAGAACACAAGCUAAUGGAGCCUUGGACAUCGGUUCACUAGAUGAGGCAUACAUUGAAUCUGCUACUAAACCAGAUAGGGAAAUCAGUGAAACUCUAGAGGUUAUCAAGAACUCACGAUUAUCUACCAGAUCACUUUAUUUUGGUGUUCGGAUCUUAGGUGAUGCACCUGUGUGGCCUAUUGCUAUUCUAUUUGCGUUGGCUUUGCAAUGUAGAGCAAUCCACAUGGAGAAAUCCGCAGACAAGACUUUACUGCAUUAA